GGUGCCGGCCCUGGGUGGCAUGGCAUGGCCGCCUGGCGGCCCUGCGGGUUACUACCGUUACUACUACCAUUGCUACUUUCUACUUUACGCUACAGCCGUUGCUCAAUCCUCAAUGUUUUGUAUUGCACCAGGGUUCAUUGCGAUAUCACAGGCCAGGCAGUGGUUUUAUUAGUCCGUCUGAUCAGUUUCCUGCACACUGAACGAGUAUCUGAGAGAUAGAACCUGGCAUUACCCAGAGUUUUUGUCUGUCGAACACGCUUUUGCGGAAGUCGGCGGCACUUCAAGGUUUAUCCAGCCAUGGAAAAGAUUGAAGAUGUUCGGUUCACAGAAUGCGUAGACUCAAAGUAUGUUCAUCCAGCACGAAUGCACUACAAGCAGGAUGGAAAGGAUAAAAUAUGGGAUCUCAUGAGGGUUCAUGACAGUGUGGCAGCAGUCCUGUACAACAAGACCCGGGACGUCCUCAUCUAUGUUCGGCAAUUUCGGCCAGCUGUGUUCUUUGGCGCGAUAGCACGAGAGGAUACCACCCGUGGGCAUGCCAUAGAUAUGAAGAAGUACCCAGUAAGCCUUGGUAUGACUCGUGAGCUAUGUGCUGGGAUCAUGGACAAGCCAGGGGCACCCUCCAUUCAGGUGAUCCAGGAAGAAAUCUUGGAAGAGUGUGGCUAUAAGGUGCCUCUCAGCAGCAUAGAGAAGAUCACUGGUUACAGGUCAUCUGUUGGAAUUUCGGGAUCGAAGCAAGAGCUUUUCUACGCGGAAGUGACGGAUGACAUGAAGCAGACAUCAGGUGGUGGGAAUGUCAUGGAAAACGAGAUGGUCGAAGUAGUUGAAAUCAGCAUACCAGAAGCUUGGAAAAUGAUAACAGAUGAAAGCGUCAUGCGUCCCCCUGCGUGUCUCUUUGGAACUUUGUGGUUCCUAACGUGCAAGUACAAGGACGCAAAACCUGGUACUGCAUGAGAUAUCAUGCAGCUUUCUUUAGUGCUACUCCUGAACUUUAACAUACCUUUAGAGUGGAUGUACCGUUUCGGAAAUGUAGAAUUCAAUAGGUGAGCAGUGAACCAUCGUCACUGAGGUUUACAUGGUACUGUAUUACACACUGGCUAAAGUAUACAGGGCGCCCCACACAACGGUCGCGAAGCCUUAAAAAAACAAACAAAACAAAGCUAUAUUUGUGGGUGAAGCCAACUGCAUGUUGUUUCGGUCACAUAAGCUGAUAGUCAACAUUUUCCCAUUUAUUUAUAAAUUUAUUAUUCCCAUUAAUUAUCUAAUUAAUUAAAAUUACUUAACUAACCUUUUGAUUAGUGACUUGAGAGCCAAAGUGUCAAUAGACAGGUCAUAAAGUAAGCUGAGACAUUUUCUACAUGUCACUACUCAUGUCAUCCAGAUAAUUUAAAGGGGAUUUAAAUCAUGAUGGUCAGUUUCUAUUAUACAUGCUCAUUACCACCCCCCCAAGACACUCACAGCCUUUUAUGCACAAGUAAGGACAAGAGACACUCUGGUUGCACCCUUCAGACCUUUCAUUUCUUCUAAUUUGAGCUCAUCUUUCACGAAUUCUUAUAGUUUAUCAAAGAAGCCAAAAUGAUUUACUUGACUUCACUAGCUACAACACAUGUAUAUUAAAAGGAGUGCCAAACAGUAUUUUCACUACCCAUUUAGUUGGCCCUUGUCAUGAGGGUAUUGAAGGAAAAAUGUAUUGAAAGAGGAAAGGGGUUUUAGUAGACUGGAGAAGGUUCACGAUAGCAUUUCUGAAAAUGUAGUAAACCUAUCACACUACAGUACCUACGUAUUCCUUUGAAGCGGCUGACAUCACAUUCCUCAGCUUUGACUUGAGAGCAGCCUUUGUCGUAUCAUUCUCAUUUCGUGCUUCUGAUUCACUAAAACUACCUGUUUUCUUCAGGUGAGUACAAGAAAAUUACAGGCGACCAAGUGGUAGGUGCAGAUUAUUUAAUGGCUGAGGAAAAAACGCAAACCCCAAUGAUGAUGCAUGCAGAGCGUGGACCAUGGUCAGUGUCUCAACACACUCUGGCCCACUGUUGAAUGGUAUCACUGAUGCCAUCUGUUGCUGGCCUACUCAAUUUCAAGCUGGUCAUUGAAAAAGAACUGGUCAUUGCUGAAUAGACCACCUGGGAGCUGAACUUCACAUGUGCAUGAAGCUUGUCACGUCCAUAAAGUAGCUUUUUGUUUGGCUGUGGGGCAAGAUAUUUUAAAAAUAUUGUUCAUGCUGAUCAGUACCAGGUUAUCAGCACUGGACAGCUCGUUGGAUGUGGGUGUUUGCUGUCUCUUCCAAAGAAGAAGACGUACAGCAUUCUCUUUCAUGUCUGUGCCUUUCGCAGUGGUGCUGUAGUUGUGUUUUGAGUCAUUUUCCAGCAAGAAAUAAAUAACCAGGGUGUUAAAACAG